CACACAACCACUGUCCUCACACCCUUUAAUGUCUUCUCUACUGGGGACACACACAGAUCCAGUAGGGAAAGGACAAAAACUAGAAAAAGGAAAGAAAGAAAAGCCACCCAAGCAGGGGUAGACAAACCUUGUUAGCUACAGAAAAAGUGACUUUGUACAACUUAUCAACCAGUAAGUUUUCUUUUUUACAAGUAACCUUCCUGACUGACAAACUUUGUCUACCCCUGCUUGGGUGGGUUACAAAAGCUGCGGGCCAUUCUUGGCUCUGCACCCAACAAUCCCACCAUGCAGUCGGACAGAAGCAGACAACAAGUUCCAGAGAUACUUGAGAGAGAGGAGAUGUCUUCAACCAGCUCCACCACAGCAGAGCUCCUUUCACCUCAAAGAGCUCCACUGAACAUCUCUGAAGCCAACAACAGCUCCUCUGAGCUCGACAAAGAUUCCCAUCUCCAUCCUUUGAGUCCUCAGCCCCGUGAUGCCACCCACAGCAGUGAAGGAUCACGGAUAAUGGGGAGGAAAAGGAGUUCCCAGAAAAGAAAAAGCUCAGAAGAAAACAAUUCUGGAAAAUAUUUUAAAUAUUCUGAAAGAGAGAUAGAAAAUUGUAUAUUCUGGCAUAGAUUCACAAAACAUAUCAAUAGUAUUGUGUUUCAUCAUGAAAACAUUUCCCAGAUUUUUUCUCUAGUGACAAAAACAAAAAAACUUAAUACUAAACUUUUAUUGGCUGUUGAAAAAUUGUACCCCAUUCAAACCAGCACUAAAAAUUUGGAAUAUGUUUCAUCUGCACUUAAAAGUGAAGAAGUAAAGAAACGCUGGGAUGAAAUGACAAAACAAAAUCAAACUGAAAUUUUCAAUAAAGAAAUGGAACAUUAUUCAGCUUUAAAAAACGAAUUAGUUGAUAAAGCAGAACAUGUGCCUUUUGAAAAACAGUUUGCAUUUGCCAUUGUUGUUAUGGAAGAUGAAUGCAGAAUAUUUCCUGUGGUUUUUCCACAACAUAAACAUGAGACCCCAAAUCUGGAUAUUACACAACACAGCGAGGAAAUUUUAAUUGGUCAACUUGAUGAGUUCUUUCCCCAAAACAGAAUUAAACUGAAAUCUGUUUUUAUGUAUACAUACCACAGCCCAUGUUUAGAGAGGACAGGCAACACAGAGUGUUGUAUGUUUAAACUGUUAGACAAAGCCAAUGAGUGGAAUGAAAAAUAUGGAACUCUCUUAUAUGUAGCAUUCACAAAGCUUUGGGGAUUAAAUGAUCCAAAUUAUUUAAAAAAACAGAAAUCUACAAAUAAAUCAGACCCGUGCAGUGAUUUUUAUCAGUUACUUAUACAAAAAUACAAAAGGAGAGCGCUUCAAAUUGGACACUACAAAUUUUAGAAAAAAUCCUGAUAUCUUCCACACAAUCUCAAAAGUUGGAAGAGAACAAAAAGUAAAAUAUCAUGAAAGUAUAAAAUAUACUCUGGAUAGUCUUUUGGCAGAGGCAGAAAACCUCUGUACACGUGAUGAACAUUUGCAAAGUGGUACAAACAUAAUCGAGAGAUUAAUUUUUGAAGAACACCAAAAAGAAAUUCAAAAAAAGUUCCUGAAAAAAUGGAAUGACAUAGUGGAUAACAGUGCAAAUGUUUUCAUAAAAGAGCAAUCAAAUGCUGAAUUUAACAUAAAGAGAGUUCUAUAUUUUCAGGAUUUGUUGGGUCCCAGCAGCCCAUUACAGCUUCUGCACAUUUCUGAGGAGACUUUAAAAAGAAAAAAAGAUGAAGAAGGCAUAAUAAUAAAUAUUAUACACAGAAUAAAAGAAACAAUCUCAGUUGAUAAGAAACAACUAGAAUUACCACCCUGCAGCUGUACGCCUUCAACCCACAUAGAAACAAAAAACACUGUAUGAAUAUAGAAUCUUUUCUUUAAGUACUGAAUCUGUUUUGGAAAUUAUAAAUCGUUUUUCAUUUUACAGUGAUUAAAAAAAACGUAAAGUCUAUUUAAAAUCAAAUUAAUAAUGUAAAAAACAGUGGUUGGACCAAAUGUGUUUAGAUCUCUAAUUACUUCUGUAACUCAAGUAUACCUGGAUCUUUGUUGUCUGCUCUGCUCUGAUCUUUCGGGAAUAAAAAAUGUUCCCCC